UUUAUAUAUGAGUAAUACUUUAAAAUCUCUAGGUAAUAAUCUUACUAAGGGGGGAAAUGAUUUAGCAUAAACUGGAUAAAGUUUUGGAGGAUCUCAAAAUCCAGCUUCAUUAAAGGGAAAACUUAUGAGUUUAGAAGUAAUUCUAUUAAAUUAUCUAUUAUUUUAGGAAACCAUUAAAGGUAUUCAAGAUGAAAUGAAUUUUCAUAAAAAAGAAGUUUAAAUUCUUAAAUCUGAGAAAGAUACCUUAGAAUCUGUUUUAAGUAUGAAAACAUAAGAUGUUAAAAAGACUCUUACAAAUGAACUUAUGAGAAUUGAAGAAGAAAUGAAAAGGUAUCAAUUUAUAUUUAUAAUUAGACAUUUUGCUCAUUAAAAAGCAGAAAAUUCAAGAUUAUAAUAAUAAAUUACAGGAUUAAAAGGAGAAAAGACAGCUCUUCAAUAAUAAUUAUUAGGAUUAUAAAGAAGAAUUGCAGAGUUGGAAUUAUAAGUUGGUUAAGAAUAAGCAUGAAUAGUAAUAAUUAAC